AUGGUGUAUUUGUCUCCUCUCCCUUCAUCCUUAUUUAUGGAGUUUAUGAUGGGCCAGCCCAAUGCUAUACUCCCUCUCCCAUCGACACAUCUCUCUCUCUCUUCUUCACAAUUCCAAUUUCACUUCAUUUCUCCAAAAUCCCUAAUUCAAAGAACCAGAGGCUGCGCCUCCUACUCCAUUCUCCGGCGAAAUCGUCGUCUCUCCGGCGAUUCACCGCCUCUCUGCGUCGCCGGAACUACACCGGCUCCGCCUCCUCUCUCGAAUUCGCACCUCGUCUCCUUUCCUUCGGCGAAAUCGCCUCUAGCUCGACGGGAUUUCAGAGUCCCGUCGGCGCGUACUCCUUCCUCCAUCGAGUUCUCCUUCUCCAGCGAACGCCCUCCGGCGAGUUCUCUUCCCUCUCGGCGACGUCAGCAGUGGAGAGGAGGCGUCGCCUCAACUCCGUGCCUCCGUAACUCGCCGCCUCGCCGGGUGCUGCUCUGUGUCGGCGCCUCCUCUGCGUCGCCGGCGAAUUCGCCUCGGCGUUCUCCGACGAGCGCUCUUCGUCCAGCGCCGGCGUCCUCGGCGAACCUAGCGGCAGAGAGGAGGCAUCGCCUCCUUCUCCCUCCCUCAGCCGCGACCUGCAGCUGCUCCGCGGAGGUUUUCGGACUCCGUCGACGCUCUUCCGUCGCCCGGCAGCCUCGCCUCUGCUGCCGUCGUGAUCCGCAGCUUCUCUGCGGAAGUUCUUCGGCUCCGUCGACACUCGCCGUCGCCCGGCAGCCCUUCCGCUUAAGGUACAAGGCUGUAACUUGGAGCCUUAUGGGCUGAAAAUCGAGAAGGAGAUUGAGGGGGAAAGAAAGAAGAUGCUCCUCUAGAGAUCCUUUGGCUCCAUCACCAAAAUAGCUAGCUUCCAACUUGCUCACUAGUGUAGGAUAAUGGUGUAGAGAAGGUGUGUGUGUGUCACCCUCACAUAUGUAACAUGUGCUAGAUGUAUCUCCAACAUUCUUGUGUAAUUUGUUCCUCAAUUAUUUAUCUAAUAAAAGCAUAGCUUUACUUUUA